CUCGGAUUGCUUUGCUGCCGAUGCCACGGUCAUCCCCGCGAAUACGCCGUCCACUCAACCUGCUCUAUGAAUGAUGCUGCUGCUCUCCGCCUCAGUCUGGGAGUUCCUCGAGCGCCACCGCAACUUGAAAGUCGAGUACGAAGAGGAUCCCAACUUUCAUCUCCAGACCAAGGUCCCGGUCGUCCUCCACCUCAAACGGUCGACCCUGACUCUGCCAGGCAAGGGCUGGUUCGGGCUCCCUGCCUACGAGGACGGCCUGCUCCUCGAGAUCCGGUUAGCCAAGACCGAGGAUCUGGCUGCCGAAACCUGGUCCGGCGCCGAGGAGGAAGAGGAUCGAAACGAGGCCGGCCCCGUCGGAAUCGUUGCCAGCCUGGCCAGCGCCGUCUCUUGGCAGGACCCUUCCGAGCUCAACCGCGAUGUGAUGCUUGCCCUGAUCAACUCGGGGACGUCCCUGGCCGAAAUCCACCAGAUCCUGAAGCGCCAUACCUCUGGAUGGCACGACUACAGAGGCUCGUACGAAGUGGCUGCGCUGGCGGCUGCUUGCAAAGAGAUGUAAUCACGGCGAUUCAAGCCGCCAGCAUCGGGGGCCGGGAGUCGCAUCGCAGAUGUGCCAGUCAUGCGGACGGAGCCGUCAUCGUCAUCGUCAUCGUCAUCGUCGGUGAUGCGUCCGGUUGCCCAUCUGUUUGUGCGGCCAUCAUCGACGACCGGAUGGCCAUGAAGCGGAGCCAGAAUACAAACGAAGAUCGCCGGUUUCGCUGGGGGGGGGGCUCUUGGCUCGUUUGGUCACUGCAUCGGAUCGGAUCGGCGAUGCAGAUCCGGCAUUUUGGAUCGCUGCUUGAGUGUGGAUGGAUUUGAAUGACGAGGAUGCUCCCGCAUAGC